AUGCUAUGUAUUCUUUCUUAUUCAUUCUUCACGUUUUUAUUCUUCUUUUGUACAUUGUCCUUUUUCUUAUUUCUUUUCAUAUUUCUUACAUAUCUUUCUUUUUCAUUAUCCUCAGAUAUUCUUUCUUUUUUCAUUCUUUUUAUUUUUCUCAUUUUCCUUCAUCUUCAUUAUUCAAAUUCAUUUCUUAUAUUUUUCAUUCUCUGUCUUUUUUCAUUCUCAUUUUUAUCAUUCAUAUUUCAUUCUUUUUAUUUUUUUCAAUUUUCUUCAUCUUCAUUAUUCAAAUUCAUUUCUUAUAUUUUUCAUUCUCUGUCUUUUUUCAUUCUUAUUUUAUCAUUUAUAUUUCAUUCUUUUUUAUUUUUUCAAUUUUCUUCAUCUUCAUUAUUCAAAUUCAUUUCUUAUAUUUUUCAUUCUCUGUCUUUUUUCAUUCUUAUUUUAUCAUUUAUAUUUCAUUCUUUUUAUUUUUUUCAAUUUUCUUCAUCUUCAUUAUUCAAAUUCAUUUCUUAUAUUUUUCAUUCUCUGUCUUUUUUCAUUCUUAUUUUAUCAUUUAUAUUUCAUUCUUUUUUUUUUUUUUCAAUUUUCUUCAUCUUCAUUAUUCAAAUUCAUUUCUUAUAUUUUUUCAUUCUCUGUCUUUUUUUUCAUUCUUAUUUUAUCAUUUAUAUUUCAUUCUUUUUAUUUUUUCAAUUUUCUUCAUCUUCAUUAUUCAAAUUCAUUUCUUAUAUUUUUCAUUCUCUGUCUUUUUUUUCAUUCUUAUUUUAUCAUUUAUAUUUCAUUCUUUUUAUUUUUUUCAAUUUUCUUCAUCUUCAUUAUUCAAAUUCAUUUCUUAUAUUUUUCAUUCUCUGUCUUUUUUCAUUCUUAUUUUAUCAUUUAUAUUUCAUUCUUUUUAUUUUUUUCAAUUUUCUUCAUCUUCAUUAUUCAAAUUCAUUUCUUAUAUUUUUCAUUCUCUGUCUUUUUUCAUUCUUCUUUUAUCAUUCAUAUUUCAUUCUUUUUAUCCUUGUGUAUAAUAAUUUUAAAAAAAUUCCUUUCUCUUUCCCCUUCAUUUUCUUUUUCUUCUUCUGCUUUUUAAAAGGAUUUAUUUUUAAUUCUUUUCUGCUUAUUUUUUCUUCUUUUUACAAGGAUUUAUUUAUCAUUCAUUUCUUCUUUUUCCUCUUCUUCUUCUUUUUCUUCUUCUCCUUCUUCUUCUUCUUCUUCUUCUUAUUAUUAUUAUUAUUAUUCAAAGGAUUUAUUUCUGAAUCCCUUCUUCUUCUUCUUCUUCUUCUUCUUCAAAUGAUUUUUUUAUAA